AUGGUCAAUUCAGAUUCUACUUUCUUCUCCCUUCUCCUUCCUACUUCUUCGUUCUUCUUCUUCCUUCUUGAUGAACAUACAGAAACCUCAACGACAUCAUCCACCGCCGACGGAGCCGGGACAGAAACCUCAACGACAGCUAAAAGUAAUGAGAUAGAUACCUGUGACAAACAGGAGAACUCAAAUGACAGCUACCGGUCCAAUGCAUCACACCAAAAUUCUGCCGGAAGUUUGAGGGAAAAUGUUAUGUUAGAUCCAACUGAUUCAAGGGCUGUUGCUACUGGAAAGGAAAAGUCUAAUCAAGUUGGUAAGAAAAAUUCUGCUCGCAAAUUUCAGUAUCAUCCUAUGGGAAAUUUGGAUGAAGAUGUAGAUCCUCCAUAUGGAUUGCAAAAGCCUAUCCAUACACAGGCAAUGGCCCCACAGAAUGCCCACUUUGGCCACUCAAAGUUUUUGAUUCAGGGGCAAUCAUCUGAUGUUCUAAGAGAUGGCAAAGGCCUGGCUGAAGUGCACUCUCAGAACUGGAGAUAUCAAUUUAUCUCGCAGGUGUUGAAGAAGGUGACCGGAGAGAUGCAGGGAUGGUUGAAGAUCACAUUGGCGGCGGUGUCGACCAGAGUUCUUGUUUCUCUGGUGAUUAUGGUUAUCCAGAAAGCAUGUUGUCGUGGGAGAUGA